CUUCGUUAAAGUCAUUCAUCUUUUGGUUUUAUAUAAAAUUAUAGGUCUUAGGGGACCCUAGUAUUUUACUAGACGGACUCGCAGGUGAGACUAAUCCCAAGUACUCACCCCCUCCGUAAGGAGGGCCUCCACGUGGUGGUCCCUGGUAACGCUUUAUAGCGGCUAAUGCGAGACAUACCCGCUUUCUUCUUAUCCCUAACACUCCUAACUGCAUUUACUCCAAAUUCCUCUCUUAAUCCUUCUCAAUUUUCCCCCAAUCCGGAAUUGCGCGUGUUUAUCGGAUUUGUUUGCAGUCGGGGGUAACAGACUGUAUUCUAGCGUCGCACCUCACUGAUACCUGCCCGCCUCAGUGAGUAACUGUGGGCUUACCGUGUUAUCGGGGGCUAUGACACGGCGGACCUCAAAUCCCCCACACUCGUGGGAUUUAAUUAUGGAAAAAAACAAUUUUAAUAAAAUCAAUAAACUAGCGGCCUUAAAUACCGCAUUUCAACUAACUAACCAGGUGAAUUAUAAUAUCCAAAAUACUAACCACCAGGUUCCGUCUCCUAAAUGGAGAACAGAAGGCAAAGACGCCAAAUUCAAUAAAUUUAGUUCGAUGCCGCAGACAACAUCUGCAAUUACAAGAUUUAUAACUAAACCAAAUGAAAGUAGAACAUUUAUGGGCUCUGGGGAAUUCUCUACACCGAAAGGGAUAUAUCCACAGUCCUUCACAAAUACUUCAGUGGUGCCUGAACGUACUAUCUCAUAUAGAGGGGUUAGAAGAGCAUUUGGUCUAAGUGGUGCAGGUGCGAAAUGGUAUUUACGUUAUGUUCAAGAAGGCUUUUCGCCAGAAGAAGCUAAACAGAAGGUUCUCGAACGUACUUCAAAUACGAUAAAACGCGGUGCACAUGUAAAUUAUUCGACUUAUGGAAACCCUGCCAAGAAAAGCAGGGAAGAUGCGAAGACGCAACCUUCACCAAUGCAUGAUGUACUGAAACCUGCUUUAAAGUCAGUUGCAUUAAAAGUUUCUCUAAACUCGGAUGCCGUAAAAACUGAUCCAAAAUUAGAAGCAUUAAAAACUGCAUUUAAAGAUGCGUUAAAACCUACACCAGGUGUCAAAACACCUGGCGUCGCCAAUGGUUUAAGACUGGCUGUUGCACCAAAAGCUUACCCAGCACAUACACUAUCACGUGAGGACCAGGGGAAGAUUGAACAACUUCUGGUAAGUGAAAUGUGUAAAGGAUGGAAAUCCAAAUUAAAAUUCGAUGGCAUACACUUUCGGCCAGGCCUCAUACUAAUCGAUUGUGUAACUGAAGAAGCCGCUGAAUGGCUGGAAUUAACGAUACCAAAGUUAACCGGCUGGGAAGGUACGGAAUUGACUACAUAUACUGAAGACAAAAUAUUUGGUCUGCACAUGAUAACCGUAUGCUUACCAAGGGCAACGGGUAUCGAAACAAAGGAUCUUCUCGAUCUAUUAAUUACUCAGAAUGACGGUCUCCAUACUCACCUGUGGAAAGUUUUCAACAGUAAGGAGAUAAAGAAUGGCAAAGUUCUCACAAUUCGCAUUGAUAGACGGUCUCUGGAGGCAAUUAAAGCUAACAACUGUAGGAUGUCCUACAGGUUCGGUUCAGUUCCUGUUCAUUUAAAUAAAGGAGAUGAAAAUUCAAAAGCUGACAUUGAUAAUAUGCAUGGGGCCGAAACGCGAAUAGACGUGGCCGAAAUACCAGCAAAUGUAGCUGAAAAAGUAGAUAACGAAGCAGUCGGUAGCGAUGCGCGAGAACAAGUCAAUAUAUCAUCUCACAAAAGUGAAGAAAAUGAUGACGAGGAUACGAUGAUAGAAAACUUGGCCGAUUCAGAUGCCUCCAAUAGAGUCUCACUGUCAGACAUCGAUGAUGUUUUGGCUGUGAAUGAAAAAAAAUAAGUAGGAGGUUAACCAGUUUCGCGGUUACUCGGUGGUCGUCGUCACAACAAUAGUCGGGUCUAAGUGGGAUAUAGCGCUAGUCUAAAACCCCUGGAUUUUCAUAGAUUAAGUCCGAACUGUUGCUGCAACAAAUAUGCAGAGCUGCUAUUUAAGAGUCAGUAACUUGAAUCUCGAUCAAUAUGAAUGAGAACCCAUGACACAUGAUCGUAAUAACAGCAAAUUUAACAGAUGAUAACACCCGAGUAAAUCGAAAAAUGGUUUAAUAUUGUAAAAGAAGAAAUCUGCCUCUAUACCUUUUCAGAAUAUCAAUACGUCUAGCAAGGUAUGGAGACCAUAGACAAGCAGACUUUCUGAAUGAUUCAAUCAUUGUUGGCAACAUUUAUAAACUGAUCUAUAAUGGAAUCGUAAUUUGAAUAACUACAAAUAUCUCUAUCGAAUGAAGGAAUUAACAGCACAAAAUUAAACAACACCAUUAUAAUAUAAAGAUAGUAUUUAUAUUCAUAAUAUGCAUUACAAAAGAAUACAAUGGAUUCACUACAUGAAAUCUGAUCUAGUUCCGGGUUCAACUUUAAUAUCUACUGCAAUCAAAUAUUGAUGCGCAGUACAGUACUUGGUUUUUGUAGUACUCACAUCGUUUACACUUGAAUAGGUAGAUCCGAUGGAUAGAGAAUGGUUUCCAUUAAACCACGAAAAUGGAAUUUGUAGUUUCCAUUAAAUUGAACAACUCAUAAUUAGUCAGAUAUAUUGUUAAACGUGAGUACACGGACAAUUGUUAUAUUUGUGUGAUUGUACAUCGAAUUUAAAAAUUUAUCACAUGGAUGUUUUUGUCUAAUAAAUCAUUGAAGAGUCAUGGAAAGUGCGCAUCGGUUAGAAUAUUACAUUUCAAUAUAUAACACGAUAUAUUACUUAAUAUAAUUUAAUUCUCUUCAAAUAUGCAAAAUGUAUACCUUUAAUUUCUUUUAUAUUGUGUGCUAAUAAAUUGAUAAUCCAAAUAUUUGGUAA